AUGCAGACUCGAAGCAUUCAGCACUUCUGGCGCCACUGGCACCUCGAGUACAUCGCGGAGCUGCAGCAGCGGACGAAAUGGCGUCUUCCCGUCAGAUGCCUGCAACAAGGCGACCUGGUGUUGGUGAAGGAGGACAAUGUUCCUCCCUUAAACUGGAGGUUCGCACGCGUAACCAAGCUUUUCCCUGGAGCUGAUGGAAUUUUACGAGUGGCCGAAGUCGCCACCACCUCCGGCUCCUACAGGCGAGGUGUGAAGUACCUUUGCCCUUUGCUGGAUGACGCAGAAACGGUUUUGGAGCCUGACGUCUCCAACGGCCCCCAGUAUGUCUAGGCAUCCGCCUAGUGACAGCGGCGCAGGGACGGCAUCAAGAAACCGGUUCCCCGAUCGAGCGCCGUCCCCGCGCCCCUCCUCAGAGCCGGGGCCUCGUCCUCUUCUACCUCGAGCGUCGUACGCGACACACGCCUCCUAUAGGCGUGCUAUUGUCCUUUUCAUUAUAUAUUUUGUACGAGUCAUUGUAAUAACAGACUAUCAAAUAUACUUUAGAACCUUUA